AUGGUUAGCGCUUUUAAAAAAGAUUUAAUUACGUUUAAUCGGCCAAUCGGGUUUAAAGAACGCUAUGCUCACUUGUUUAGCAUAUUCGAGAAAGCAAUUGAAAAUGGUGCGAUUCAAGAUGUUGAUAUCAUUUUGACUCCAUCAGACCCUGAUGAAUAUCCUGAUUAUCCAAAUAUAUACCCUACUACUGGCGAUUCCACCAAACAAAGACAUUACAAAUUACUUGUAGUAAUAACUUCUCACAUCGAUGAAAUGCGGACGAGAAAAUUAUUAAGAGAAUAUUUGUUUGGUAUUAAAGAUAAUUUAAGACCAUGUAUGGAAAAAAAUGGAGAAAUAUAUUACAGAUUUUUGAUGAAGCCUUAUCAACAAACUGAUAAAAAAGUAUUGAGAGAUUUUACGGCGGAAGCUGUGGAAUAUGAUGAUAUUGAGGAGUUUCCAAAUCAAUCGAAUAUGAAUUGGCAAAAAACUGUUCUUACUUGGAUCCAAUCACUCGAGAAACAAGAAAUCACGUUCGACUAUGCAGUAAUUAUGGAAGACCAAUCAAUUAUCAACCUUCGCAAACUUCUGUCUAUUCUGGAUUCAUCCGUAAUCAACACUCAAACCUUGACACCUAGACAGAAAUCCAAUUUAGUAUGGGGUCGUUUCGAUACCAAUACGAAUGACGAAAUGUUUAUAAUUCUCGGCCAAGAGAGACAUGGAUAUUCAUUUGUUGGCCGCUCUGAAGAAUUUGAUCAACAAGCACAUUACAAGCACCGACGUACCGUCUGGGGGAAGAUUGAUUCAAUUGAAAAAAUUUUACCACACUACGAUUGGGUGUUUUGGCUGGAUAUGGACACUGUCAUUGCAAAUCAGUCUAUUUCUGUCGAAUGGUUGUUUGAGAAAUUUACUGAAAGGGUUGGAGGAGAAGAUAAUUUUAGCAAGAUUAAUUUAGUGGUUGCAAGGCCUAAACAAGACUCUACUAUAAAUGCGGGAGUUUUUAUGAUUAGGAAUUCAGAAUGGAGUCGAAAAUUUUUAAGAGCAACACAAGCACGAAGGGAUCUUUAUUUUAACAGACAGAUGGAGCAACGUGCAAUGUGGGAACUCUUAAUUAGUCCGGAUUAUAAAGAUGGGACACUUCUCCUUGAUAGAGAUGAUCAUACUUUCAAUACAUUCCCACAUAUGUACGUUCCGGGUGAUUUUGUAGUUCAUUGGGCACCGGAUGACUGUCCCGUAAAACCCAUCUUGGAUGCUAUUGGAAAGCUUAAGCAAUACGAAAUGAAUAGAGAAUUCAAGUUCACACUUAACCAUGCCCCUGAUCAUUAA